AUGGUAAAAACAAUUGAACAGAGCAUAACAGAUUUUAAUGAAAAAAUAAGCAUCACCAAACACAAAUCUUUAUCUCAGAUAAAUAAUUUGUAAAGGUUUCUGUAGCAAUAAUUAGAGGAUUUGACUGAAAAAAUUGUAAAUAAGAUUGACAAAUACGAUAAGCAAAUUUAAUAAAAUAUAAAUUUCUACCACUCCUUACCAUAAUAAAAUUUGCUAAAAGGGUAUUUUGAGAAUAUACUUUUAUCUUAAUUGAAUGAAGAUUUAGAUAUUUUAGAAGUAGAAGACUCUCAAGAGUAAUAAGCUUUGCCUCCUAUAUAAUAAGUUACAGAUUAGCAGUAGUCAAGCCAUCAAAAGCAAUUAAAGGAAGUUUAUUCCAUAUUAAAAAAAGCAAUAAAUUUAUUUUCAGAGCAAUAUUCAAAUUCAAUUUAAAAUAUAAACAACAAACUUAUAGAUUUUAGCCAGAAAAACAUAGACUUUUAUUCAGAUUAUUGCUUAUCAUAAGACAGAUAGCACUCAAAUAUUUUGUUUCAAAAAUCAACAACAGAAAUAAAUAACCAAGAAAAUAGCUUGUAGAAUGAAUAAAAAAAUAUUUAAAUAGAGAUUUUUAGUUAAAUUGACUUUAAAAAUGAAUCACCUAGUCACCUUCCUGAACAAUAUCACUACAGCCAUGUUAAGUGUUUUUCUAUUUUAGAUGAUAAUAGAAGGGCAGUCCUUUGCACAAGAAAUAAUCUACUUUUAAUUGAUAUUUUAAGUUCAAAAGUACUAAAAUGCUCUUACAUAAGAGGUGACUAGCCCACACUCCCAACAUGUAUUUAGCCUCUUUAUUCUUAUGAAUAUGAAAAUGAAAUACUGUAUUCAGAAAUGUUUAAGAGCAGUACUGAUGCUACAUAUUUCUAAAGUGUACAAUAGGAUUUAUAAAAUAAUUUAUUUACUAUAAAUGGGACAUAAUAAAACUCAGGCGAAUCAUCAGCAAUUUAGUCAGAAAAUAAUUAAAAUUAAAGCAUAAAAAGAAAAAGAUAGCAGAAUUUAAUUGCUGUGGGUAUGGGAAGCUUAAGUUCAACAAUAGACAUAUGCAUAUACAGUUUAAAAAACCUAUAAAAGAUUAUUCGCUUACCAGGACAUUUAAGGACGAUUUGUAAAAUAAUAUAGACUCCAUUAGACUAUGAGACGAUGUUUUCAAUAUCCUCAGACAAAAAAAUAAUAGCAUGGAAUUUGACAAAUUCAAAUCAAAUCUUGACUGAAAAUACAAACCAUGCUUAAAGCAUAAAUGAUGCAUUGAUGUUAAACGAAUAUCUCCUUGCAACAUUUAGUUUGAAUGGCGAAAUAUUUUUAUGGGACAUAGAGUACACAAAUUAAACUCCAAAUAAGUUUAAAAGUCUCAAAAAGAAGAUUAUAAUUUAACGCUCAUGUUUAAGUCUAUAUAUUGGGCAAGUUUUAAUGAACUCAGAUAGAGUUUAUCUAAGCAUAACCUCUUAAGGUUUAACAGAAUAAAAGUACUUCCUUGAAAUGAAUGACUUUUAAAAUAGAGUUUUAGUUAAGCAAGAGCUCCCAUUAAAGGUUAUAGGCUUGAAUGUGUUAUCUGUUAACAUGCACAUAUAUGCCUUUGUUACUUAUUCCUAUUCAAGCUUUUUUGAAGUUUAUCUGAUAGAUACUUGCUAAUCUGGUUAAAAGUCUGCUACUCUAGUCUAAUAGAUAGAUUUUCCUUCUAAAAAUUAGAAUAUAAACACUGUUAUAGAGUCUCCAAGAGUUUAAUUCAUACAAUUAAGCGAGUAAUAAAAUAAAAUUCUAAUUGCUUUUGCUUUAGAUAAAAAUAUAUCUAUAUACAGUAUUACUAUAAGUUGA